AUGGAGCUACGUCAACUUGCGUCUUCGGAUUCCUACGCAAACGCCGAGUUGCCUUCGGAUAGCUAUGGCUUUGCCUUCGAUGGGACCAACUCCGACCUUGCCAAACAGCUCUACUUUCGAGCCAAGAAAGGAGACACGGUGGGGAAAUUCGACAACUUUCAGGUGCCGGAAACUCUCCAGACCCGCCUUGAUAAGCUUAAACUCGACUGGGACAAACUUCCUGGUAUCGCACAACGAGCGCUUCUUUGGGAUUCUGGCUUCGGCAUCUCUCCAUCCAAUCAGUUUGUGAGAAUCUGGACGCUUAACGACUACUCAAUGGCCGAGCUUGCAGUUCCAAAAUCCGAAUACGAAGCCGUUAACUGCACCGUCAACUCGUGUACUCAACCCAGUGGUAGCAUCUCUUACUCCAACUUUAAGUGCCUCGGAAGCGACAUGCUCAGAGCUGCAAGAUGCGUCGUCCAAGAUUUCGAUGACGCAACCGGCAUUCACGCUGCGAUGUGGGUCACUGGUGGCAACCCCGCCGUCGUCCCAACUCCGCGAGUAAAUAAACACGAGUGGAAGGACGUGCACGACAACAAAAGUUACAUUGUGUUUGCUGUUCACACGAUCGACGUGAAGGACGAGCCCGGGUGGGACGAGUGUGCCACGGCUGAUCGAAAUAGCGGGUACGGGUCGCUAGUAUUACCGUGCCACAACAUUGCCAGCAUUGUACCAGAAAUCGACAGAGAGAAGCAAGAAGUUACUGGGAGUGACUGGGUUUCUCGUUGGCUUGUGGAAGACUACUCAUCGAUUGCCGGAGUUAGCGAUGAGGAUGGGAAAUCGAGCGUGUUACUCGUUGCUCCGAUUGCCGCUGGAGUUCUCGUGGUCAUCGGUCUAGUUGGUCUCUUCGUCUUCCUGAAAAGGAGACGGCAGACAAAAGAUGAUCGAGAAUGCUUGCAUCAAUCACCGGUAUGUCAGGAUACUUACUACCAAAAUCCCGAGUUUAUAGCUGACCGCGAUAGAUCUACAGCUCGAACGAUUGAGGAUACGGAGACUGCUACGUACAGAGGAGUCGAUCGAACCAUCCAGCUCAGGCCAUCCUACCCGGAAGAGUUUGGCUCUGGUUCCAAUCGAACGCUAAACAUUCUUCACAACAGCGAGUAUCUGGUCGGAAAGCGUUUGCCAUACGACAGUAUCGUUUUCAAGCGAGCGCUGUCUAAAGGAGCAAACGGAGAAGUCUGGCAGUGCGAGUACCAGAACGAGCAGAUUGCUGUCAAGCGUCUCCUACAACACCAUAAUCACCACGCACACGAAGUAGAGGAAUUUGCAAAGGAGAUUGAGCUGAGUGCUAGCUUGAACCACCCUAAUAUCGUGACUUUUGUUGGAGUGGCGUGGAACUCGCUCAAUAAUUUGGUUAUGGCGCUCGAAAUGGCGACUUGA